AUGACUGAUGCUGGAACGACCAACGGGGCGAGCACUCAGGACGGUAUGAUAUUCGAGAUUAUCAAAAAAUCUGCCGAUGGCGUGGCAGCAGCCCGCCUGGGAAGGCUAUCUCUCCCCAAGCGGAAACCUUUCGAGACCCCGAAUUACAUGGCCACGGGGUCACGAGGUGUCAUCCCUCACAUCACACCAGACAACUUGACGAAAUACACUUCUUUUGGCGCAGCUUAUAUGGCUCUUGAGGAUUUCGUCGAAAAGAAGAACCCCGCGGUACUUUCAGUGCCAUCAUCAGACAAGAGACCGCUUCACGCCUUCACUUGUUUACCGGAUAACAUCGCAACAGUUCUCGCCCCUAGAAGAAACCCAGCCAUAAAGACCCCUGUCGGGAAUGGUGCUAAGUUUAUCGCCAUCUUCACCUCGACUGGCUUCCGGAACCUCACUACGGAUGAGUACUCCUCUGCCGUCGAAGCGCUGAGACCCGAUAUCGCCAUCGGUCCUGCCGACCUGUUCCACACUAGCAUGAUGCCGCCCUCGAAGAAGCUCGUCCGCAUGGCUGAGAGGACCGAGGAGUGGACUGACGGCUUCCUAAGCCCCAAGAGACAGGAAGCCCUCAAGGAGGCCGGAGUGUCAGUCUUUGCUCCUGUUCUGGCAGUGCCAUACCCAAUCCAGUGGGAACAUCUCAGCCAUCUUGCCAAUGACAUCAUCGAAUCUCUCUCAGGACUGGCAAUCUACGACGUGGACUUGUUGCCCGAUAUCGAGGAGAAUUACAAACCUCUGGUCCCUCUGCCCCGUCUAUCCAUGCAUAUACCGGAAACCCCGCAAGCUAUUCUCCGCCAGGUAUCUCUUGGAGUAGACGUUUGCACAGUCCCUUUCCUCAACAACAUAUCAGAUGCCGGCGUGGCGCUGACAUUUACAUUCCCACCGAAAGACGGCGACAUCCAGCCCCUAGGCGUCGACAUGUGGCUCCCCGACCACGAGACCGCCAUCAAGCCCCUGGCGGAGGGCUGCCAAUGCUACGCUUGCACAACCCAUCACCGGGCCUUUGUCCACCAUCUCCUGAACGCGAAGGAGAUGCUCGGCUGGACUUUACUGCAGAUUCACAACCAUCAGGUCAUGACAGACUUCUUCGCCGGCAUCCGAUCGGCCCUACAGACAGGCGCGGACAAGUUUGAGGAGUUAUCGAACCAAUUUGUCGCGGUGUAUGAGUCGGAGCUGCCUCAAGGCACGGGAACGAGGCCGAGAGCACGCGGUUACCAUUUCAAAGGCGAGGCGAAUCCUACCAGGAUAAACCCGCCUGCGUGGGAGAACUUUUGCGAGACCAGUCCCGAGGCUGUUGGCGCGGCAGUUGCAGAUGAGGCAAAGGGAAUGACGGAGGAAGUGGUCGAGACGCCACUGGUGCCGGAUGUCAACUCACUAACGCUUCAGGAGAAGGGUUUCGCUGAGGUGGCUAGCGAGAAGACCAAGUCUGAGCAAUAA